CCAUGUCCGAGUCCCAGCCGGCCCAGGACGCGGCCCCGCCGUCGAUCGACACCCAGCACCUCCACCAGCAGCAACUCCUCGCCGAACAGCAGCUCGCCCACCAGCAGCACCAGCACCAACAGCACCAACAGCAACAACAACAGCAGCAGCAGGGCGGUCAGUCGUCCUCAGAGAGCCCCCGCAAACCUAAAGCUCCUGCAGUCAGACGCGCUUGUACGGCCUGCCAUUCUGGCAAGACUAGGUGUAGCGAGGUGCUCCCAUGCCAGAGCUGCCUGAAGCGCGGUCUCGGGGCGAGCUGCACCUACCCAGAUCCUGACUCGUCGACCCCGAGCAACAACAACAACAACGGCAGCAGCAGCACCAACAAUGCCAUCGACACUUCGUCGCACGCGUCCGCCCAACCCACCAUCCCCUUCGCUCCUCCCGCCAUGCCCUACCCUGUUCCGCCCAACCUCACGCACCAACAGUACUACGAGUACAACGGCGCCUACACCGGCGCCUCGACCUCUACAUUCCGCCCGUCGAAGCGUCCACGACCGCUCACGGAGGACGAAGCCGCAGCUAUCACGCGCAACUUCAGUCGGGGCGACUUUUACAUCGGAAACAGUGCACCUAUCAGGAUUGACCCGAGGUUGCCUGUGAGGUUGACGCUCGGAGAGGGGGAUCAUGUGCACUUCACGAUCGGGGAGGCGUUGGCUUAGGUUGAAGUCAUGAUAGUUGGGAUCCAUUCCUCAGCCUUCACGGGAGACGUCCGCACCAGCGAAGGUGUUCGGCACCGACGUAUUUGUGCUGCAUUGGGACUUGAAACUUGACGAAUGUUCCUUCACUUCGUUGUAAUUAUUGGAUCCAUCGCUCUCUGAUAGUUCGUUCUUGAUUGUUUCCUCUUUUUCCGUACCCUGGACUUUCUCGGUCCAGACUGUCGGUUCUGUUGUCGGCCGCUGUGUAAUUAGGUCUGCGAAUAAACGUGUACAUGUU